AUGAAGGUCGGAGACUCCUCCUCGUCUAACCUGGCUAUCACCAUCACCGUCGAGAAAGAUGGCUUCUAUGAAGUUAACGGUACCAGGCAGGAGCCCACUGUUUCCCUGUAUAUGACAGCCGGGGCGUCUAAGCUGCGCCGUAUGUUGAGGGAAACAGACGACUUGAUUGUCUGCCCUGGUGUGUACGAUGGUAUCUCCGCUCGGAUUGCCAUGGGGCUAGGCUUCAAGGCAAUGUAUAUGACUGGCGCUGGAACUACCGCCUCCAGGCUCGGCAUGGCUGAUCUCGGACUCGCCCAAUUGUAUGAUAUGCGGACCAAUGCCGAGAUGAUUGCCAACCUGGACCCGUUUGGACCCCCGUUGAUCGCUGACAUGGAUACUGGGUAUGGUGGUCCCUUGAUGGUAUCCAAGUCUGUUCAGCAGUACAUCCAGGCUGGCGUUGCUGGCUUCCACAUUGAAGACCAGAUCCAGAACAAACGUUGUGGCCAUCUUGCUGGCAAGAAGGUCGUCGACCUGGAAGAGUACCUCACCCGCAUCCGCGCCGCCAAGUUGACCAAGGACAGGCUGCGCUCGGAUAUCGUUCUGAUUGCCCGCACGGAUGCUUUGCAACAGCAUGGGUAUGACGAAUGUAUCCGACGUCUCAAGGCUGCCCGUGACCUUGGCGCGGAUGUUGGGUUGUUGGAAGGCUUCACCUCCAAAGAGAUGGCAAGACAGGCGGUGCAGGAUCUGGCGCCGUGGCCCUUGCUCUUGAACAUGGUAGAGAAUGGCGCUGGCCCCAUCAUCACCACGAAGGAAGCACAGGAAAUGGGAUUCCGCAUUAUGAUCUUCUCUUUCGCCUGCUUCGCACCAGCGUAUCUGGGAAUCAAGUCUGCGCUGGAAAGACUCAAGAAUGAAGGCGUUGUUGGAAUUCCCGAUGGGUUGGGGCCAAAGAAGCUAUUUGAGGUAUGUGGGCUGAUGGAUUCAAUGAAGAUUGAUACGGAGGCCGGGGGUAGCGGGUUUACCAACGGUGUUUGA